AUGCUAGUGAACAUUGAGGACAGUGAAGCCAUUUUAUGCACAAGAGCAUAUACUAUGAUAACACCAAAUGAAAACCGAAGAAAUCACAUACAAAGGAUUGCAGAGCAAGAGUUGGAGAACCUUGAGAAGUUGAAGGAGCAAUAUAAAGUGAAACCAAUUAACCUAGUCCCGAGUCGGCUUGGUGGAAGUCAAUCAGAAGCUGAAGUCAGGCAGAAACAACAGCUACAGCUGAUGCAGUCUACAUACCAUACCAAGUUGAAAAGAGAGGAAUCUAUCAGAAUCAAGAAGGAAGCUGAAGAAGCUGAAAUCCAAAAGAUGAAGGCAAUUCAGAGAGAGAAGAGCAGCAAGUUAGAGAGAAGAAAAAGGCUUCAAGAAAACCUCAGAAGGGAAGCAUUUAGAGAACAUCAUCAAUACAAAACGUCUGAGCUGUUGAGCAAACUGAACACUGAAUUACCAAAUAAAAAUGCCUGUCAAAUUGAUUCUCGUGACUCGGUAUCUUCUACCUGGUUCAGAUACCGGUCUUAUAAGGAUUCUUUAAAGGAAGAAGAAAAUAGAAAAUUCCAAAGGAUGAAAGAGGAACAACACCAGAAGAGUGAAUUGCUGAAAUUUAAGCAACAGCAACAGGAGGAACAAAGAAUCAGAGCCCACCAGUCUGAACAAAGAAGGGUAAAUAAUGCUUUUCUGGACCGGCUCCAAGGCAAAAGUCAACCAGGUGGCCUCGAGCACUUUGGAGGCUAUUGGAAUAUGAAUAGCAGUAACAGCUGGGUCACAAACUUUGGUAGCGGCUCUCGGAUCUUAGACAGCAGGACAAACAGGUCUAUACUUGUGGGCAGCAUUAAGGAUUAA